CACACAACAAUAAUCUCCAUUGAUAUCACCAUUAUUUUCUCUAUGGCUAAACAUCAUUUUCUCUUUUUCAACAUGUAGUGUAAACUUGCCUUUUCUACUUGUGCGGAAAGGCGUCAAUUUAUUUUGUUUCUACUAACCCGCCACUGCUCGUCGGGGACAUGCUCAUCCAGUAAUCCUCCACCGGCAGUCUCCUCUGGGAUAAAAAUGGGGAUAGGGGAAGAAGGACAUGGAUCGUCGACUGCUGGAGGAGUGAGGAAAAGAGGAUGUUCAAUUUCAAAGGAUGAUUUCUUGCCGGAGGAAUCAUUCAGGAGCUGGGGAAAUUAUGUAAAUGCAUUGAGUAAUACACCAGCACGACUUUUGGAUCGAGUUGUGACACGUUCUGAUGAGCAGGAUGAGUUGGAUGCCAAGGAAAGAAGUGUUAACCAAAUGAAAAGGAGUCUGAAUUGGUGGGAUCUCAUGUGGUUUGGGUUAGGUGCACUUGUUGGUGCUGGAAUAUUUGUUCUUACUGGUCUUGAAGCUCGUACUGAUGCUGGUCCAGCUGUUGUCCUAUCUUAUGCUAUUUCUGGGAUCUCAGCUAUGCUAGCCGUAUUUUGCUACACUGAGUUUGCUGUGGAGAUUCCAGUGGCAGGUGGUUCAUUUGCUUACUUGAGGGUUGAGCUGGGUGACUUUGUAGCAUUUAUAGCAGCUGGUAACAUACUUCUCGAAUAUGUGAUUGGCUCAGCCGCGAUGGCUCGUUCUUGGACUUCCUAUUUUGCUACUCUUUGUGGCCACCAACCUGAUGAUUUUCGCAUCAUUGUCAGUAGCCUAGCAGAAGGCUACAAUCACCUUGAUCCAAUAGCCAUUGGCGUUUGCGUUAUAGUUUCCAUCAUUGCAUGUAAGAGCACCAAAGCUUCUUCUAGGCUCAACUAUAUUGCAUCAGUUGUUCAUGUUCUAAUCCUCCUCUUCAUCAUCAUUGCUGGUUUAAUGCAUGCCGAUACCAAAAACUUCACCCCCUUCAUGCCAUUUGGUCCUCGUGGUGUAUUCAAAGCAUCAGCUGUGUUAUUCUUUGCUUAUUCUGGUUUUGAUGCUGUUUCAACUAUGGCUGAGGAAACCAAGAAUCCGGCUAGGGACAUCCCUAUUGGCCUAGUCGGUUCUGUUUUAUUGACUACUGUAUUUUACUGUGCACUAGCUGCUGUUCUUUGUCUUAUGCAGUCGUAUAAGAAUAUUGAUAUUAAUGCCCCGUUCUCAGUUGCAUUUGAGGCUGUUGGUUUAGGUUGGGGAAAGUAUGUGGUUGCUGCAGGGGCUCUAAAAGGGAUGACCUCUGUUUUGUUGGUAAAUUGUGUAGGACAAGCUCGUUAUGUGACACAUAUCUCUAGAACUCACAUGAUGCCCCCUUUGUUUUCUUAUGUUAAUGCUAAAUCUGGAACACCAGCCAAUGCCACUAUAUUCAUGAUGACAUCUAGUGCACUUCUUGCAUUAUUUACAAGUCUUGAUAUUCUUUCAAACCUUUUGUCUAUCUCUACACUCUUUAUCUUCAUUCUCGUGGCCCUUGCUCUUCUUGUUCGACGUUACUAUGUCAGCAAUGUGACCACUACAGAGGAUCGAAACAAGCUCCUUGUGUUACUAGCACUCAUUGUGGCAUCAUCUAUUGGCACUGCUAUUAUUUGGGGUGUUACAGAUGAUUGGAAAGGAUAUUGUGUCACAUUGCCAAUAUGGUUCUUGGCAACUGGUGGGAUAACAGUUUUGGUGCCAAAAGCAAGAAGCCCAAAGGUUUGGGGUGUACCUUUGGUACCAUGGAUACCAUCUGCAUCCAUUGCCAUAAAUUUUUUCCUUCUAGCUUCCAUGGAUAAGGAUUCUUUUAUACGGUUUGCUAUUUGGACUGUCCUUAUUUUGGUAUACUAUGUGUUCUUGGGCUUGCAUGCCUCUUAUGAUACUGCCAAGGAGAUUCAGAAGAAUUCUGAGUGGGGGAAGGUUGAAGGAGGAAAUGCUUCAUCAGCUACAAAUUGUGGAUUUGAUGGUGGGGAUGGUAGAAAUGAGCCAGUUGCUUCAAGUAAAUAAGUUUGGCUCUAUAUAUUUCAUAAUUUUUUGUCUAUGCAAAUUCUUUUUCUUUUUUUUUCUGUUUCCAGCCUACAUGUGUGAAUUUGCAUUAGGUGUGAAAAUGAUGCUAUAGUUUAUUCUUGUAAAUCUGAAUUGUAUAGAUAUGUUUUUUGUAACCACCAAGUGAUAUAUACUCCUCCGUCUUUUUGUCACACACGAACAAUUUAUAAAAUCUUAUAAUUUUAAAAUUAUAACAUAGGUGGUUCUAAUGGUGUUUUGGAAUGGACAGUAGUCUAUCGGGUUUCUUUUGAGUUGCGUCUAUAUAUUUGGACGUAGCUAUGUAUCUUUUAGCGGAAAAAAUGGGUGUUGUUAAUGAAGGGUAAGGGGUUUGUUUGCUUCUUUCAGUGAGGUCUAAGGUGACCUCCAUUGAAGACUAUAAAGAGCUCAAAAUAUACAUUUGUGUACGUGUCCAGAGUGAAGAUUCUAUGUAAUGUAAAAAUGAGUGCGCUCCCUUUUCUUGAGCUGCUUUAUUUAUAAUAUAAAGCUAGGCAAAAGAAGAGUGAUGUGACAUCUCUCUUC